GUUUCUUCUUGUUGCGGAAGGAAGUGAAUGAUGUAAGCAGCUGUUCAGGAAGCUGCACAAGGUCUCAUAGAUCUCGUCUCAUUUCAAGAGUCACUUUUGAAGCUACUUGAAAAAAAUGAUAUGACAGUUCCUGUCGAAAAGGAUUUUGCAGAAACAUAAAACAUCUGUGAAGAAAGUGGCCCUUUUCCCCUUCUGUGAAGUAAAACAUUCCAAAAUACCAAAAUGCCAGCCAAGACCCCAAUCUAUCUGAAAGCUGCCAACAACAAAAAAGGAAAGAAAUUUAAACUGAGGGACAUCUUGUCUCCCGAUAUGAUCAGUCCACCCCUUGGGGACUUUCGCCACACCAUUCACAUUGGCAAAGAGGGCCAGCACGACGUCUUUGGAGACAUAUCCUUCCUUCAAGGGAACUAUGAGCUAUUGCCCGGAAACCAGGAGAAAGCUCGCUUGGGCCAGUUCCCCGCACAUAACGAGUUCUUCCGGGCCAACAGCACCUCAGACUCCAUGUUCACGGAAACGCCCUCCCCAGUGCUCAAAAAUGCCAUCUCCCUCCCGACCAUUGGAGGGUCCCAAGCCCUCAUGUUGCCCUUAUUGUCACCAGUGACAUUUAACUCCAAACAGGAAUCCUUUAGGCCACCGAAGCUGCCCAGGCUGAGCUGUGAGCCUGUCAUAGAGGAAAAAGCUCAGGAGAAAAGCAGUCUGUUGGAGAACGGGACCAUCCACCAGGGCGACACCUCGUGGGGCUCCAGUGGCUCAGCAUCUCAGUGCAGCCAGGGCAGGGACAGCCACUCCUCCAGCUUGUCUGAACAGUACACCGACUGGCCAGCCGAGGACAUGUUUGACCAUCCUGCCCCAUGUGAGCUCAGGAAGGGAAAGACUAAAUCCGAGGAGUCCCUCUCUGACCUGACAGGUUCUCUCCUCUCACUGCAGCUCGAUCUUGGGCCCUCACUUUUGGAUGAGGUGCUGAAUGUCAUGGAUAAAAAUAAAUAACAGGAUGCUCUUCCUUUGGGGCAAAAGGUACCAAAAGAAAAUAAAAUUAAAUUUAAAAAAACAAAACAAAAACAAAUGUCAACUAACCACAGUUGAAGAAAAGAGCUACCCUGGCUGUUUUGGGUUUUUUUUGUCUUUUUUUUUUUCAAUCAUAGGUUGCAUUUUCUAAAAUAAUAUUCCUA